AUGAGCCAGCUCUUGAGAUUAUCGACAACACGCCACGUAGUCAAUCGCACGAUCCGACAGCGUUGUCGAGCAUAUGCUACCCAUCAACAGCAACCAUCGCAACCACAACGAGCAGCUCCACGAUCGUCGCUUAUUUCGCAAAAGACAGCAAAGGAAUGGAAAGAACUCUCGACGCCUCAAAAAGUGGUGGCUGCAUCCAAGGCUACUGUGAAUGUUGGUGUUAUUCUUGCUGGUGUUGCAUUGACCGGUGGUCUUUUGUUCUUGGUUGGAAGGGAAUUAUUUGGCUCGGAUAGUACGACAGCUAUCUUUUCAGAUGCAGUGGAUCGUAUCAACGCACAUCCCGAGGUCUCUGAACUCUUGGGAAAACCUAUCAAAGCACAUGGUGAACCAAGUAGAAAGCGUAAUCGACGUGUUCAGCAUCAAAUUGUUGAGGAUGGUCAAGGCAAUCCACAUUUGUUUAUGCGAUUCUACCUUGAAGGACAAGACAACCGAGGCACUGCUUUGUUGGAAAUGAUCAAGGAUGAUAGUGGUACUUGGCAGUACAAACGUUUGCUUGUUGAUGUCCCAGGUCAAGGGUAUCCCUCUCGUCGCUAUUUCAUAGAAGGACAACAACAAUGA